AUGAAGUCCUCUAUUGUAACACCUAGCACCAAUGAUACAGGUAUAAAAAAAUUACCGUUUAAACAAGGAUUAAUUAUUGGUACUAUUACUGUUACAGUUAUCAGUCUACUCGUUGCUAUAUUAGUAAUUGUAAAACGAGAUCAAUCCAUCCCUACUGCUGCAGCAACAACAACAGCAACAACAACAGCAACAACAACAGCAACAACAAAUGUUAGUAAAUCGACAACAGCAACUGUGAUGGUAGUGACAAGUACAACAACAAUAUCUACCAGUACCACUGGAACAGCACAAACCACUACUAUAACUGUGGCUACCAUCAGCGGUACACCAAUCACAACAACAACUACAUUUAUAACUACAGCUACUGCUGCAACAAGUCAAACGACCAGCAGCAUCCUCACAACAACCACAUCUACAGGAAUAAGUAUUUGUUACACUCGUUCAUGGAAUACAACAGGAACAACUGUAGCCGGUUUAACACUCGGCCCCAGUGGUGGUUGUGCAUUAUUAAAUCAAUUAUAUAACCCAUUUUAUUUAGUUAUUGAUAGUUCAUUUAAUAUUUAUAUUAGUGAUCGUAUAAAUCAUAGAAUCGUUAAAUGGCAACAAAAUGCAACAACGGGACAACUGUUUGCUGGUGACGGUACAGCGGGUAAUUUAUCAAGUCAAUUUAAUCGACCAGCUGGCUUAUAUCUUGACCAAAUCAAUCAAAUUUUAUAUGUGGCUGAUUCAGCUAAUCGUCGUAUACAAAAAUUUUCAUUAAAUUCAGCAAUGAUCCCAUUGAAUGAUACAACAGUCAUUGGUAAUACAAGUCAGUUAACACGUCUAAUAGCUGUGUAUUUCGAUACAGUCAAUCAAUAUUUAUAUAUCUUAGAUGUAUGGACGAGUAGUGUAUUGUUAUUUACAGCAAAUUUAACUCAAGGUAUUGUUGUUGCUGGAGGAAAUGGAAAUGGCUCUUUAUUGACACAAUUUAAUAACCCAGUUAGUUUAUUUAUUGAUCAAAAUUCAUCAACAAUCUAUGUUAGUGAUGCAUCUAAUUAUCGUGUUACUAAAUGGCUGAAGAAUGCAACAAUGGGUGUACUAGUCGCCGGUGCUUAUGGCCAAGGUGUAAAUGCCAGUCAACUUUAUUAUCCAUCAGGUAUUACUGUUGACAAAAAUGGUACGAUCUAUACAGCUGAUUUUGUUAAUUGUCGUAUACAAGAAUGGUCAACAAAUGUCACACAAGGAAGGACUAUUGCUGAUAGUUCAAAUGGUACCAUUGGUUAUGCAUCAAAUUUACUCGAUAGACCUUAUAAUUUGAGAUUUGAUUUAAAUAUGAAGCUCUACGUUGUUGAUAGUCUGAAUAAUCGAAUACAAAAGUAUAAUGUUAUUAAUAAUUCAUGUUAG